CCCACGGGGUGCGCGUGAGGAUGUCUCGGGCUGUUCACCUUCCAAUCCCCUGUCCUGUUCAGCUUGGUUCCUUAAAAGAUGACUCCUUGGAAGCUCAGCUUCAUGAGUAUGUCAAAGAAGGAAGCUAUGUAAAAGUGAAGAAGAUUCUUAAGAAAGGAAUUUAUGUUGAUGCAGUUAACUCCUUGGGCCAGACUGCGCUUUUCCUUGCAUCAUUAUUAGGCCUUACAAAAUUAGUUGAUAUUCUGGUGGAUUAUGGAUCAGAUCCAAAUCACCGCUGCUUUGAUGGGAGUACCCCUGUCCAUGCAGCAGCAUUUUCAGGCAAUCAGUGGAUCCUCAGCAAACUGUUGGAUGCAGGCGGUGACCUUCGACUCCAUGAUGAGAAGGGUCAAAACCCACAAACCUGGGCCCUUACCGCAGGGAAAGAGUCCAGCACUACGAUGGUGGAGUUCAUGCAUCGCUGUGCCUCGCACAUGCAGGCCAUCGUCCAGGACUUCUCCUGUGACCUCCUGAAGAGGAUCGACUCCACUCAGCGGCUCAUCUGCAGCCUGCCCCGGUUUGGCGGCCUCAUGCAGGGAAGCCCUAAUGGCCCUUCUAACCGACUGCAUAAAACUGGAGUAAUUUCUGCCCAAAAUAUCCACAGCUUUGGCUUUGGGAAGUUUUAUCUUUCAGCGAGAACGAGGGUGGCCUAUCUAGGAUCUCUUCCAAUAAUUGGAGAAAAGGAAGUGAUUCAAGCUGAUGAUGAGCCCACCUUCUCUUUCUGCAGUGGCCCCUACAUGGUCAUGACCAACCUGGUGUGGAAGGGGAGCAGGGUCACAGUGAAGGAGCUGAAUCUCCCCACCCACCUACACUGCAGCAAGCUGCGGCUGGCUGACUUGUUAAUUGCGGAGCAGGAGCACAGCAGCAAGCUGCGGCACCGCCACCUGCUGCAGCUGAUGGCUGUGUGCCUGUCCCAGGACCUAGAGAAGACCCGCCUGGUUUAUGAGCGCAUCACCAUCGGCACACUGUUUAGUGUCCUCCAUGAACGGCGGUCUGAGUUCCCUCUGCUGCACAUGGAGAUGAUCGUGCACCUGCUGCUCCAGAUCUCUGACGCUCUGAGAUACCUGCAUUCCUGGGGGUUUAUCCACCGCUCCCUCAGCUCCUAUGCCAUCCACAUCGUCUCCACAGGGGAAGCGAGGCUGACCAACCUGGAGUACAUGUUGGAAAGCCAGGACAGAGAUGUACACAGGGACCUGACUCGAGUACCCCUCCCAGCCCAGCUGUACAACUGGGCUGCCCCAGAAGUUAUUUUGCAGAAGGAAGCCACAGUGAAGUCGGACAUCUACAGCUUUUCUAUGAUCAUACAGGAGAUUUUAACAGACAACAUACCCUGGGAUGGCUUAGAUGGCUCAGUUAUUAAAAAAGCCAUAGUCACGGGAAAUUAUUUAGAAGCUGAUUUCAGGCUUCCAAAACCUUACUAUGAUAUUGUUAAGUCAGGCAUCCAGGUCAAACACAAAGACCGAACUAUGAACCUUCAAGAUAUCCAGUAUAUCCUGAAGAAUGACCUAAAGGAUUUUAUUGGAACCCAGAGAACUCAGCCAACUGAGAGCCCCAGGGUGCAGAGGUAUGAACCCCAUCCUGAUAUCAGUGUCUAUCUAGGACUGACUUCAGAACAUCCGAAAGAGAACCCAGACUUGGAAAUAAAAGAGCUGAAGGAAGCGGGCAGUCAGCUUCAUUCACCAAGAAGUCCCAGUGAAAAGGCAACACCAGAUCCUCAGGCCCCAGAUCCCAGUCUGAUGGCCAAGGAGACUCAAAACCAAGAUGCUGCUUCUCCUGCUUCCUUUGUGGCAGACGAGGCCAGAAGCCCCAGCCCAGAUCAGGCAAGCCUCUGCAGCUUUGAAAUGAACGAAAUCUACUCAAGCUGCCUGGACAUGGAAAGUGACAAAAAGAAAGAGCCCCCAAGAGCUGGUUUAUCUCUGGAGGGGCCUAGCCCAAACCAGGUAGAUGAUCUGAAGUCCCUGGAAGAGGAGUUGGAAAAGAUGGAGAGAGAGGCAUGCUGUUUUUGUGAAAAGAGUGGGAGCUCUUCAGAAGCUGACACAGAGCUCUCCUUUGAGGACUGGGACCGGCAAAAUGGUUCACUUAGUUCCCCCAGCCCACCUGAGCCAGCGAGAGAAGUGAAGGACAAUGUGAACAAGUGGUCCAAGACUGACAUGUACAUCAGUAAGUGCAUGCUGGAUGUAAAGAUUGCACAGGCAAUAGCGAACCAGAAUGACGAGUUACUGGGGAAAAUCAAGCAGAAAUUCAAUGAGUUUGAGAGGAUGCAGAAGGAGCAGGAGGAGUGCCUCUCUCUGUGGACUUCUUCAAGAAUGUUUUCUAACCUCUCCGACUUUCCUGCAGCUGUGGGCCCCCCAUCUUUUGUUUAUAUUCCCCCUGUCUUGCAACUCCCAGGGGGCCAGUGGCCAGAUGCAGGUAGCAAUUGCCCGAUCCUAGCAAGGUCUCCCAGAACAAUGAGAGACUUUCAAGGGGGACAUUUUGGCAAAAGGUGCAGGGAAAGAAGUGGCUGUGGCUGGAAACCUUUCACUGCUUUCACUCAAGUCUCUGAAAAAAGCACUGGGGAUCCAUCGGAAAAGAGCCAUCAGCUGCCAACUCUUUGUGGCCCUGGAAAACAGAGCCCAGGUGAACAAUUCCAGCCCACUCAAGAAGCCAAGGACAGUCUGGAAAGAAAUAGGAACCAAAAUACUGGCAGCCAGGGACAGCCUAGAGAGUUCAGUGCCCAAGCCAAAGUGACACAGCUGAAUAGUUCACUCUUCGCUGCAUCAAACCACCCGAAGGGACCUCCAGUAACAUCCAUCCCUGUCCAAGGCUCUACCAGGAUCAAUAUGGAAUCGGCGUCUUCCAAAACAUAUAAUACAAAGUCAAGAAAUAAUGAAGAUGCUGGAAAGGUACACUUAAAAUGGAUAAUGGAGGUGAGAAAAAUGGCAGAGAAAGCAGCUACUGGGCAGCUGGCUGUACCUCCUUGGCAUCCUCAGAGUGGUUUGACUCUAGAGAAUGAGGCUGAAAACAAGCCUGAUCACUUGCUGCAGCCCCCCAUUAGGGACCCUGAGAAUGUGACUUGGCGGCAUGUUGUAGAGUAUCCCAGGAAAAGUGAUGCUCCAGGACGAAAUGGCAAGCAUGACAAAACAGACAACAGUGACCGUGACUGCCAGCAUGGCACACAGCCUGGGCCUGGAAGCUUCACCAAUAACAGGCACCUGUGCCCCAGAGGAAAUGAGCAGCCAGAGCUUAGUGAAGUCUUUCAAGCAAGUUCUGAAGCAUCUGUGGUCACUGAGAAAUCUUGCAGUGAACAGUCCUGGCCAUCGACUGGUUCACCAGAGUCUUCAGAGGACAUAAGAGAUGAAUUUUUAACUCCAGACAAUGAAUAUUUUUACUCCACGACUGCUCAAGAAAACUUAUCUCUAGAGACCUCAAGUCCCAUAAAAGGAAUACAAGAUGCAUUUGCCCAACGUCAAGGCUCUGGUGAAAGAAAGGUCCAAAUGAGAAAAAGCCUUGGAAAGAAUGCUGAGGUUUUUACCAGGUCUCAGUUCCAAACUAUACCAAGUCCUGAAGGUGAACAAGAGGAGACGUUAAAGGAGUCACUGAAGGAACUGAAAGAGAAAGACAUAUCAUUGACAGACAUUCAAGACCUGUCUAGUAUCUCCUAUGAACAAGAUGGUUGUUUUAAGGAACUCUCAUGCAAAACACCCAAAACAAACCACGCACCUACUAGUGUCAGCACUCCGCUCAGCCCAGAGUCAAUUUCUUCAACUGACAGUCGCUAUAAAGACUGCCUUGAAAGCAUCACAUUUCAGGUGAAAACAGGGUCUUCCUCAUGCUGGAGCUGUCAGGAAUCUGAUAAAUUUACAACUGUCCAAGAGAAAGCAAAGAGCCUAGAGUCCCUUUUUACUUUCUCUGGAACUCUCCCUUCAAGACGGACUGAUCACAAAAGAUCAUCUACAUGUACUGGGGCUCGUUCCUCCAGCAGUGCUAAGGCACCUGACACGUCAUCCCAUGCCACCCAGAAGAGGAGCCUGCCAAGAGAACUAGUAGAAGCCAUCUCGCAGCAACACAUUGACAAGCUACCACCUCCAUCUCAGGAGCUACUUGACGAAAUUGAACACUUGAAGCGGCAGCAGGCCUCGUCCACCGCAUUGGGUGAGGACACAGCAAGUCCUCUGGGCAUCACUGCAAACGAUCAGAGUCAUUUAGAAGAACAAGAAACUAACAGUACAAAAGAAGAUAGUAUACUUUGGACCCAACAAACUCAGUGUGUAGGAGAAGACACAGAGAGAGCUCACUCUUCUCUAGACGAGGACCUGGAAAGAUGGCUGCUGCCACCUGAGGACAUCUUGGAGCAACAGGAUCUCCCCAAGGGCUCUGCAAGGGAGAUAAAUACCAAGGAUCGAGAAGUUGGUGAGAAGAAGAGAAGAGAGGAAGAAGGCAUGAAGCCAGAGAAGACAUCAGAGAGCUUUUUAGGGACUUCUAAAGAAGAGGAACUGAAAUCUUGUUUUUGGAAGCGACGGAGUUGGACGGAACCUUCCAGGAUAAUCGUGCUGGAUCAGAGUGACUUGUCAGACUGACCGGAACUGGAUCAUAGAUGGACUCCUGGCCUGAGUUUGAAUAUCCUGCUUGUGAGCUCCCUUCUUCCUAGUCUCCUUCAGUCACCAUCAGGGUAAUGGUUCCGUAACUCACACUUUGUUCAGCUGCCGUAAUAGACAGAAAGAUUUGGCCCUGCCUGUUUAUAGCAUAUGUAACCAUUUGUUUUUGUUUCUGUUUUUCGGAGCUGUAUUUUAAGCUUUUAUUUCAGCACAGUGGUUGUAAUAAUUUGUUUUCAGUUAGAUUUCUGAAAAGUGAAAGGUAGUAUUUUUGAUCAUAAAAAUUUCUCAUUGUGCCCAGAAUAGCUUUGGUUUUGUUGACACAGAUUUUUGAAAACUUUUACUUCUGUUAUAUAAUAAAAUGUUUACUUUUAAUACCAGUUGA